AUGAAAGUGGCACUUUGGAAUUGUAGGGGUUUAGGACAGGCGGACUCCCCUAAAAUUCCUUAUAUUACCUCUCUAGUCCGCUCUCAUGGAGUAGAUAUACUGUGUCUUUUGGAAACUAUGCUUUCUGUAGAUAGUGUUGUGCGGAAAUUAGCAUCAUUGCCUUUUUUGGGUUGUUGUGGAAUUGAUGCUGAUGGCCUUAGCGGUGUUAUGUUUAUUUGCCGGUUUACUCCAUUAGGUUUAGUUCCUGUUUAUAGUUCCCAAAAUGUAUAUCUGUGUAAAUUAGUACAAGGAGAUGAAAUAAAACAUGUGAUGUUUGUGUAUGGUUCGCCCCAUGUUACUAAUCGUUCGGAGAUUUGGUACUUGAUUAGUAACAUUAUAGAAUCACUUUCAAAUGUGAUCAUUAUUGGAGAUUUUAACCAAGUGGAAUACUUUUCGGACAAGUUAGGAGGUAACCUUUCAAUUCCAGGGCAAAUGGAAUUUAUAAAUUGGCAUAUGGGUUUGGAUCUAGUAGAUGUUCCUUUUCCGGGACCUCGGUAUACCUGGACUUAUAAUAGACUUGAUUUGGAUCCUAUUUUUGAGCACUUAAAUAGAGCUUAUGCCUCCCCCACCUGGUUUCUGGAAUAUCUUGACACUAGACUUACUCAUCAGCCAAUUUUAUUUUCGGAUCACGCCGCGAUUAUUCUAGCCGAUUCAGCUGAUUAUGAUGAUAUUAAGCAACCCUAUAAAAUUGAAAACUGGUGUUUAUCUGUUCCAGCCAUACACGACAUUAUUUCUUCGAUUUUUUCCAUGUUUUUUCCAGGAUCUCCUAUGUUUGCUUUAUCUAGAAAGCUUUCGGUUUCUCGAGAUCGUCUUUUAGCUUGGUGUAUUUCUCAUAAGAAAGCUUGGGGUAUUAACUGGAAACAACUAGUUUUUGACAUUCACCAAGCCUCACGAUUUCUUGAUACUCGGGUUGAUCGCUGUUUGUUUAUUUCCACUAAGAAUGAGAAAGUCGCAGAAGCACAGGCUGCUUAUAUUUUCUGGCAACAACGAGCUAAGAUAAAAUGGGAUGCUCUCGGGGAUUCGCAUUCUCGCAUUCUAUUUUCUUCUGUUCAAUCUCGAAAAAGAAAUAAUAGGAUCUUUGGUCUCAGAGAUUCAAACGGAGAAUGUCAUCGCAACCCUAAUCAAAUAGCUUCUAUUACCCAAGCCUUCUACAAGGAUCUAUUCACAACUUCGGCCUCUACUUCUUCUUAUGAUGAGGAAUGGUGGGAUAAUUGGAACCUUACUUUUUUGACAUUACUUCCAAAGGUGGACAAUCCGGAAGUUAUCUCUCAGUUUUGCCCGAUUGGUUUAUGCAAUGUCAUUUACAAAUGUGCUGCUAAGUGUCUCACCAGUCGUCUUCGUCAGGUGUUACCUAGUCUGGUUGCAGAUUUUCAAAAUGCUUUUGUCCCGGGUCGUCUCCUCUCGGAUAAUGCUUUAAUAGCCCACGAGGUCAUUUCCUUCAUGAAUAAGUCGAAAGCUAAGAAGAGGUUCUAUGCAGCUAUCAAGUUGGAUAUGAAUAAGGCUUAUGACAGGGUUAAUUGGGAGUUUUUGUUUAGACUACUCCAAGCUUAUGGUUUCCCGCCUUAUUGGAUUCACAUUAUUCGUCAAUGUGUUUCUACAAUCUCUUAUCAAGUACUGGUUAAUGGGAAUCCUCUUCAGAAUUUUCGUCCUCAAUGUGGUCUUCGUCAAGGCGAUCCUCUUUCCUCCUAUUUAUUUGUUCUCUGCAUGGAAAUCUUGUCUGCUAUGAUUCGAAAGGCGGAAAGAGCGUCCCUCUUCAAAGGAAUUUGCAUUUCCAGAAGUGCUCCUAUGGUUUCUUACCUGUUCUUUGCUGACGAUUCCUUAUUAUUUUUACAGGUUACUCCUGAAGCCUGUGAAAAUCUUUCUGGUCUUCUAUCAGAAUUUUGCUCUUUGUCUGGACAGGUGAUUAAUUUACAGAAAUCCUUUGUUAAAUUUAGCCCCAAUACUCCAGAGGACUAUAAGGAUUUCCUUGCUCGAAGGCUAAAGCUUCAAAGUAAACCCACACUGGGUUCUAACUUAGGUUUGCCAGUGGAUCUAGGGCGCAACAAAGUUUCUGAUUUUAGUUUUCUUAUAGAUAAGGUGGUUCAGCGUUUAACGGCUUUCGCCUCUUUGGGCCUUUCCUCAGCAGCGAAGUUGGUUAUUAUUAAUUCGGUUUUGGUUGCUUCGUUUAAUCACGUUCUUUCGGUUUUUCAUAUUCCCACUUCGAUUUGCUCAAAGAUUGACAACUUGUUGGCUCGUUUCUGGUGGAAGUCUGACUUUCGCUCUCGGGGUCUAGCUUUGCGCUCAAAGACUCUUUUACACCUUCCGAAGGGUUUGGGAGGUUUGGGGAUUCGUCGUUUGAGCUCUUUCAAUACUGUGUUGUUGGCUCGUCAGUGCUGGCGUAUUCAUCAUCAUCCUCAACUCUUAGUUUACAGGCUUCUUUCAGCCAAAUAUCCUUCUAUUCACAAUCUUCAGACUAGAAGGAUUCCUGGUUCUUCUUGGGGAUGUCAGGGUUUACGGCAAGGUCUGUCUAUAUUAUCAGAUGGUGCAGCUUGGAAAGUUGCAUUUGGAGCUCAGGUUCGUAUCCUUGAAGAUUCUUGGGUUCCAGGAGAAUCUAUCUCUUUUAGAGAUAAUUGUGAGGCGCCUCUCCCGUCUCAUGUUUCUUCUAUCAUCAAUUCGCGUUCUUACGCGUGGGACACAUCUAUGGUUCAUAAUCUAUUUGAUUCUUCCACAUCCAAUCGUAUUUUGGCUUUGGAACGGCUAAGUAGGCCAAUGGAUGAUUUUGUAUAUUGGAAAUUUACAAAGGAUGGUUGUUUUAACGCCAAAUCAGCCUACGCUAUGAUGCUCCGUCGCCUUGAUUAUAAUGAUGGCGCUUCUUAUGUUUCGUCUUCGUGGUGGAAGAUGUUUUGGGGUUUGCCUCUUAUGCCAAAGCUUCAGUGCUUUUGCUGGAAGCUGCUUCAUGAUGCUUUGCCUCUCAAUGGUGUUUUACAACUUCGUGGGGUUCCAGUGGACUCCACCUGUGUUUUCUGUCUUACUAAGAGGGAAACUGUGGACCAUCUAUUUCGUGAUUACCCUUUUACCACUCCUGUCAGGAGUAGAGUCUCUAUCAUUUCGUCAAUUGAUGCUCGACAGGAUGUUUCUUUCAUAGAUUGGUUCGUUAAUUUGGUGGCGGAUUUGCGGCAGGCUAAAUCUUGGGAAAUCUUGGUCAACUUGGUAUCCUUUCUCUGGGCUGUUUGGAUUGCUUGCAAUCAUAAAGUUUUUCGACAGGCUGUCAUUUCUCCUGAUUUUAUUCAUCGUAUAAUGCAAGACUGGGUUUCUCGGAGUUCUACUGCUCAAGAUUUUAAAGUGAUGGUUAAAGCUUCUACUUCAGGAUCUCGUAUUGAGCGUAGUUCUCCUUCUUCGUAUUGUUGUGUUCGAGGCUUUCCUGGGACAACUCGUGAAAUCUGUCUAAUUUGUGAUGGUGCCUUUAAUGCUCGAGAUUAUUCUGCUGGUGCAGGAUGUAUUUUCAGAAUUCCGGAUUCGGAUUGGGUUUUAGGUGGUGUAUCUAGAGCUUUCAUUUCCUCCUCGGCCCUUCAUUCGAAAUUACAGGCUUGUCUUUGGGCUCUUAAAGCUGCUGAUCGUCGCGGGUUUAGCAGGUUGUUGGUUUACACAGAUUACGCUACUCUGUUUCAUUUUGUUCAAAAUAAGAAUGGUCGAGAUAUUGCAUGCUUAUGGAUCUUUCAGGAGAUUCUAGACGUCAUCAACAGGUUUUCAACUUGUGAUUUCAGGAAGGUUCCUCGUCAGUGGGUUGUUCCGGCUCAUUGGCUGGUAGGCCAGGCUUGUCGUCGUCAAUUACUUUUUUGGUCUGUUUAG